ACUUAUAGUGUGCGUACGUAUAUUUUGUGACCCUAACUUAUAUUUAUUGAAAAUAGAUUUAGAAAUUAGUGAAGUUUUCUAAUUACGACGUGCAAAUGUUUAUAUUAAUAUAAAUAAUUUUAAAUUUACUAAGUAUCGUGUUUUAAAAAGUAGUAAUUUUUAUUUUCGUUGUCCUAAUCCAAGUCUAUUAAAGGGAAAAGACAAUGUAUGUAAAUACUAUGAAAAAAGUAUUAAUUAUUAACAAUUAUCAAUGGUAAACAAGUAUUAACAUGCAAAGUAACUAAAAGUUUUAGAUUAAAAAUGGAAGCUGCAAACAAAAAAAAAAAACAACUACCAAAUCCACGAGCUAAUGCAAACAUCUUCGAAAUCCUUACAUUUAGCUGGAUUUUAAACCUCUUUAAAACGGGACAAAAGAGAGAUUUGGAGACCAAUGAUUUGUAUGCUCCACUUGACGAUGACAAGUCCUCAUUAUUAGGAUUCAAAUUCGAAAAGAUAUGGAAAAACGAGAUCACUAAUGCAAAACGUACAAAUCGGGAACCUAGUUUAUCAAGAGUUAUAAUACGAAUGUUUGGUGGUCAUAUCUUAUUUUAUGGAUUAAUACAAAUGUUCACAGAAACGAUAUUAGGAAUGAUUCAACCUAUACUCAUUGGAAAGCUGUUAGAAUAUUUCAACCACGGUGAGUCAAACAUCAUAAACUUAGAACACGCAUACAUGUACGCAUUAGGUCUAUUGAUAAACAUGUUAGCCAUCAUAUUGUUGAAUCAUUAUUCGCAAGUAGAACUGUGGCACCUCGGUAUGAAGAUCCGAGUUGCCUGCUGUUCAGUGAUAUAUAAAAAGGCAUUAACAUUAAGUGGAACUUCUAUAUGUGCAAGCAAAGUCGGUCAAGUAGUAAAUUUGAUAACAAAUGACGUAAACCGGAUUGAUAAAGCAUUUAAACAUAUACACUACUUAUGGAUCGGACCCCUGCAAAUUAUUUUGGUCACAUAUUGUUUAUGGCAAGAAAUAGGUGUAGCAUCAAUAAUUGGAGUGACUGUAUUUUUUGUGCUUGGUCCAUUACAUAGCUGCUUGGGAAAGAAGAACUCUGGCCAUCGAUCAAAAACAGCAUCUAGAACUGACAAAAGGGUAAAACUGAUGAAUGAAAUAAUAUCAGGCAUUCAGGGGAUUAAGAUGCACGCAUGGGAGAAACCCUUUGAAUCACUUGUACAAUAUUCAAGAAAGAUGGAAAUUGGACACAUCAAAGGAGGAUCGUUGGUUAGAGUAUUUUUACAAUCAUUCAAAAUAUUUCAUUUUAGAUUUGCUAUAUUUCAAUUAUUUCCGUUAUUUACAAGCAUUUCAUCAUACACAUUAUUAAGAAAUAUUAUUAAUACACAAAAUGUUUUCAUUAUAAUAUCAUAUUUUAGUAUAUUAAGGAAAGUAAUGUCAGUGAGUUUUCCUCAUAGUGUUUUAACACUAUCUGACAUACUGAUAACCGAUAAACGCAUUCAGACAUUUUUACUACAAGAUGAAAAGAAGAAACAAAAUAAACCGUUGUUAUUAAAAUCAGAAACAAGAAAAAAAAAUGGAAUAGAAAUGUCAAACAUUAAUAGAAACAAUUACACAAAAAACAGCACUAGUAAUCAAAAAGAUAAGAACCAAUCGAAUAAUUUGGGAAUUGACGUUUUAAACGUGUCGGCUAAAUGGAUACUCAAUCAACCCAAAAAUUCAUUAAAUAAUAUUAAUUUAUCCAUUAGACCAGGCCGAUUAGUUGCAAUCAUUGGGCCCGUAGGAGCCGGAAAAACUUCAUUGAUUCAAGCAAUCUUACGAGAAUUACCACUUUGCGAAGGAAGUAUUUCCGUAUGCGGUACAGUGUCAUACGCGUCUCAAGAACCAUGGUUGUUUAACGGUUCAAUUCAACAAAAUAUACUUUUUGGUUCGCCAAUGGAUUAUUGUCGAUACGAAGAAGUUAUAGAAGUAUGUGCAUUGAAAACCGAUUUUAAACAACUGCCUUACGGUGACAGAUCUUUAGUAGGCGAAAGAGGAGUUUCGCUUAGUGGAGGUCAAAGAGCGAGAGUGAAUCUAGCGAGAGCUGUAUAUAAACAAGCCGAUAUUUAUUUAUUAGACGAUCCACUAUCCGCUGUUGACACACAUGUUGGAAAACAUUUAUUUGAAAAAUGCAUUAAGGAUUACCUGAAAGAGAAAACCUGUAUUCUCAUUACUCACCAAAUUCAAUACUUGUCGAGUGUUGACCAAAUUGUUUUGAUGGAAAGUGCCAAUAUAUUAGCCGAGAAUUCGUAUCAAGAAGAUCAAUCUUCUGACUUAGACUUUAAAAAAUUAUCGAAGUCAUUGGAGGAAACAACCGAUUACGAAAUUGAUGAUACAAAUGCAUCUAUUAAUAACAGUGUGGAGCAACUAACAAGUUUAUCUUGUCAAGGUUCUAUUGCAAGUAUUUCGUCGUCUAUUGAUGAUAAUGAAUUAAAUGAAACUCAAGACGCACCCAUUGAAGUAGCAGAAACUCGGUCUUCUGGAAAAGUUUCGCGUAGUAUUUAUUCGUUAUAUAUUUCUUCCGGAGGAAAUGCUUUUUCAUUAUUAUUUUUAUUAUUCAUAAGUUUAUUCACUCAAAUGCUUGGUACUGGUGGAGAUUAUUGGUUAAUUUACUGGGUUAAUCUAGAAGAUAACGUUCACCGUAACAAUACAGAGACUAACUCUACGAAUAUCAGUAAUUUUAUUUUUUACGCAUUAUCAGAUACACCUUUGGUAAUAUCAAAUCCGUUUUAUGUUAUAACGUACUCUAUUAUAAACAUAGCUAUGCUAGUAUUUAUUGGUAUACGAUGUGCUAUGUUUGUAACAGUUCUAAUAAGAGCUUCUACGAAUUUACAUAAUAAUAUGUUCAACGCCAUUACCGGGGCCACUAUGCAUUUUUUCAAUACAAAUUCAUCAGGUAGAAUUCUUAACCGCUUUACAAACGAUAUUGGUGCUAUUGAUGAAGUAUUGCCAACACCUUUAUUGGAUUUUGUCCACAUGGCAUUGCAACUUCCAGGAACUCUUGUUGUGGUUGGUAUAAUGAAUUAUUAUCUUCUUAUACCAAUCUUCAUCAUAGGAUUGAUGUGUUAUUAUACUGUUCAUUUUUAUUUAUCAACAUCACGUAGUAUUAAACGUUUGGAAAGUGUUUCUCGUAGUCCUGUCUAUGAUUACUUGAAUGCGUCGCUUAAAGGAAUAUCUACUAUCCGAGCGUUUGAAGCCGAGGACAUUUUGAGUAAAGAAUUUGAUGAUCAUCAAGAUUUACAUUCUUCGACUUCGUAUCUAUUUAUAACAUCAAGUGAAGCAUUUGGAUUUUCGUUGGACAUAAUAUGCUUUAUUUAUAUAUGUAUAUUAACUUUUAGUUUCUUAAUCGUAAACAAUGAUAAUUUUGGGGGAUAUGUUGGAUUGGUUUUAAGUCAAGCAAUUAAUAUGAUGGGCCCGCUACAGUUAGGAUUAAGACAAUUAGCAGAAUUAGAUAAUCAAAUGACAUCCGUCGAAAGAGUAGUUGAGUAUACAAACAUCCCACAAGAAGCUUUUGAAUCUUCUGCGGAUAAAAAACCACCAAAAGAAUGGCCAGAUAAAGGUCAAAUCGUAUUUGAAAAUUUUUAUCUACGUUAUAGUUUAGAUACCGCGCACGUUUUAAAAGAUCUCAACAUUCAAAUUCAGGCAAUGGAAAAAAUAGGAAUUGUAGGUCGAAAUGCUGCAGGAAAAUCGUCGUUGAUAGGAGCAUUAUUUAGACUAGCUCUCAAUGAGGGCAAUAUCACUAUCGAUGGUAUAGAAAUACACGAAAUAGGAUUACACGAUUUACGUUCCAAAAUUUCAAUAAUUCCUCAAGAACCGAUUUUGUUUUCGGGAUCAAUGCGAAAAAACCUAGAUCCCUUAAACGAAUACCCAGAUCAUGUCCUUUGGAACGCUUUAGAAGAUGUGGAACUCAAAACUAUUGUAGAAGAUUUGCCCGACGGUCUGAACUCAAAAAUAUCGGAGGGCGGAUCUAAUUUCAGUGCGGGUCAAAGGCAAUUAGUGUGUUUAGCCAGAGCUAUAGUGCGUAGCAAUAAAAUCCUCGUGCUGGACGAAGCUACUGCCAAUGUCGAUUCACAGACCGAUGCUUUGAUUCAAAAUACGAUAAGAAAACAAUUUCGAUCAUGUACAGUAUUAACGAUCGCUCAUCGUCUAAACACAGUUAUGGGUUCUGACAGGGUGCUUGUUAUGGACGCUGGAACAAUUGUCGAAUUCGACCACCCUCUCAAUUUGUUGAAAAAUAAAGAUGGAUUUUUUUACAAAAUGGUAGAACAAACGGGAACUAAAACGUCUCAUUUGUUACAUACUAUAGCAGCUAAGAGUUAUACGAACAUGAAGAGUUAAUAGCAUAACAAUUCUCUAAAGAUAAUCAUUUAUAAUUAUUUUUGGUUUUUAAACUUUAUUUAUUUAUUUACCAAAAUAAAAUAGAUUUGUGAUAACU